GUGGCGGAUGUGGAGGUGGGGUUGGUGAAGAUGGAGGUGGGGUUGGGGUUGUUUAAAAAUUUAGUGGUAUUUGCUUUAGGAUUUAGUGAUAUUUCAGCUUGGUUUUUAGUUUGUAGAAUAAGGAGGUUUCUAUUGGAGUAAGACUAUAUAUAUAUAUAUAUAUAUAUAUAUAUAUACACACACACACACACACACUGUAUAUAUAUAUAUAUAGGGUCCUACUCCAAUAGAAACUACUAGAAUAGAAACUAAAUGAAAACCAAUGCGAUUAAGUAGAAUGAUGCGGGUUUUGGGACCGGGGAUGGACCCCGAGGGGGCCUAGACGGGGUCUAAGUGGGGCCUAAUAGGGCCGGGUCGGGGCCUAGUGGGACCAUGGUGGGGCCAAGGUUUGGCUCUUUAAGACUGUCUGGAGCCUGUCCAGGGCCUGUGGGGAGCCUUGGCGAGGCCUUAGAGGGCCCGGGUGGAUUGAGUGGGGGUGAGGGUGAGCCCUAGGUGGGUGAUGACAUAUAGGGGGUGGGUGAUGACAUAUAGGGGGUGGAUGAGGUCAUUUAGGUAUAGUUUCUCUUGGUUUCCAUUUUAGUUUUUAUUUUAAUGGUUUCUAUUUGAGCAAUUGCCUAUAUAUAUAUAUAUAUAUAUAUAUAUAAUCUUCUUCGAAUUAUUUUCAGAUUUUUGAAAUCUAUCAGAAUAUUUUUAAUUUUUUUAUAUCAAUUUAACCUUUUAAAAUUCAAAAACAGACAAGUAACAUAAACAAUUGAACACGGAUAGAUAUUAGUAUUUAACUCUAUUCCCAGUUUUGCACCCGAGAAAUGAGAACUUGCAGAAAACAAGAAGUCAAGAAACCUGCAAGGAACCGAGUGUUGAUAGCUAGCCUAUAUCAACCCCUGUCGCUGCAGAUCGGUGUAUGUUUUCUUACUAUAGAUAUUUCCCUCUUGGUCUUCAUACUCCUCUUCAAGGUCCGGACGCCACUUGUUCACUUCUUGACGCUCUUGUAUACGGUCCCAUAAUUGUUUCGCUUCCUCAAUCGAUGUGAUUUCAUUGAAAUUCUUGGUAUUAGGAAUGCCAAGGCAACGCAUUCCGUGCUGAUGCCUCCAUUCCUUAAAGUGACGCUCAUAGGCUCUACGGCCCCGGUAACUCUGGUUCCCACAUAUCUCACAUUUAAACUCCUGACCCAGACCAUGAAGCUUGUACAACCAGUAUGGUAUAGGCUUCCCAUCCCAACCCAUUGGCAACUUCAAAGGAUUAUUAUAAAUUUUCUGCUCAUCGUCAUCACUUUCAGUGUCGGCUUGUACCUCAUCAUCUUCUGAUCGUUCUACUUCCAUCUCUCGGUAUGUUAAAGCCUGCUUCUUCUCAACAUUUUCUUUUGUACGUACUAUUGUCUUAUGUAACAGAUCGCAUAGCUUUUCCAUCUUAGCUUCCAUCAAGGCAAUUUCUUGUUCUCCUUUCAGAAAAUGCUUUUUAUCCAAAUUUUUGAGAGGUGUAUUCUUGGUAAGGAAAAGCCUCUCUGCACGCUCAAGAAUAGUACCACCAGUCUUUAGUCCUAGUGCUGCCAAACCCUCCUUUAACCGCUCAGGUCCCGCCUCGAUGAGCUCUUCAACUGUGCUGUAGUCAUCAAGAUCAAUGGCAGUGUGUCGAGAAGGAUCAUGUCCGUUGUUGUUCUCCUCCAACUCCGUUUUAACCUUUGAGAAAAUGGUUUCCAGGUCUUGCAAGGGUUCUGUCCGUUGAAAGAAACCUAUGAGAUACUCCAGCAGCUUGCUCAGAUACUCCUUGUAUUGCCUUGUAAGCUUCAAUUUGCGAGGUAUUUUCCGAUGAGCUUGUGGAAACACUUCAAGGUAGGCGGAGUACUCAACGGGCUCUCCAAAUUUAGAAUUAAUGUAAUCGUUGUAAAGUUGGUGCAGAUCUAGAUAACGACCAGAACCUUCCUCGCCACUGAAGUAAAUUACCUCGAGCAUUGGCUCAAUUUCAUCAGUUGCAUGAUCAACAACACGAUGACGCCUAUGAUACUCCCGAAUCUCUUUCAAUAGAUCGUAAAACAGGUUAUGUUCGUUAUCCAUCUGGCAUUCGAGAGCCGCAAUCUCAUCUUUCCUGGCAUUGUCGUCAUCUUGAUAAAUCUCAAUGAGUUUGUAAGUCGUGGCGGAGAUUUGAUCGAUCAUACUGCGAACGCGGUGGCUCUGGUGAAGACGGUCUCUGUUACAAGUAGGUUCGUUUUGGAGAUAUUCCUCGACGAUUGUUCGCUCGAGGCGUUCGACUUGCUCGUGAUACGCGCGAGUCACCUCUAGUAAAGUCGCCGACAUCUCUCUCCUUGGUCUCUCUAUGAUUCUCUCUCUCUCUCUAUAUCUCCCUGGUCUCUCUAUCUCUUUGAUUUGAGGGUUUUGUGACAAAAGUUUAGGGUUUUGGAGAAUUGAUUAUGUGACUUAUAUAGAUGCAAAAGCAAAGUUCUAACUUCUAACCUUAGUCGAUAUCAAUUCGGAGUGAAUCAAUUCUUUCCCUCUUCGAUAUGGUUUGUGAUGGAAACAUUCAUUGUCUUUGUUAAAUUUUUCUCUGAAUUCAAAUAGGAUUAUGAGGCAAAACUUUGAUAUAUUUUUGUUUUUUGAUGCACUUUGAUAGAGCUUUGAUAUAUUUUUGUAUUUAUCUAUCGAGAGGCUACUGAGUCGAUAGCAAAUUCAGAAAAUAGAACACAAAUUUUGGGCGGAAUCGGAAUACAAAGCCUAAUCCGUGUCGAAAAAGAAAAAUCCGGCCAGCUUGUCUAUAUAUUCUAACCACCGUAUUGAAUUAACAAGGAGAACAUAUCUCUCGUCUCUCUCGCCCCCCCCCCCCCCCCCCCCCCCCGCUCCUCUCUCUCGAACAAGGCAAGAUGUUAGGCUCCACGCCGAUACUGCCCCUUCCGGCUCCACCGAUUGAUGGGAAUCUUGGUCCUCUCCCUCCAUCUGAAUUGCAAGAUAGGGAGAUUCAUGAUGAUAUCGAGGAGAAAGAAGCAAGGCAGGCUAGCUCGGCUUCUGUAUCUGUUGCCACUCACACAAAAACUAUUGGACUUAUUCAUCCACCUCCGGAUAUUCGAACCAUUGUUGAGAAAACAGCUACUUUUGUGGCUUUUGAGGCAAAGGAUAGGAAAGAAUUCGAACAUAGGAUUAUGAAUGAUAUUCCCAACAAUCCAAAAUUCAAUUUCUUAAAAUCUUCAGACCCGUAUCAUGCCUAUUAUCAGCAUCGUUUAUCUGAAUCUCGUAGUCAGACUUCAGAUGCAUCUGGUCUUGAGUCAGCAGCUCCUGCUGCUGAUGACAGCAAUGGGGAGGCAAAGCCUGAUCCCUCGGAACAGUUCUGGACUGUUCGUAAACCCCUUGAACCCCCAGCAGCAGAGCAGUACACUGUUCGUCUUCCUGAAGGAAUUACUGGGGAGGAGUUGGAUAUGAUUAAGCUCACAGCACAGUUUGCAGCUCGGAAUGGGAAAUCAUUUCUGCAAGCACUCUCACGUAGGGAGGGGAAUAACCCCCAGUUCAACUUCAUGAAGCCCAAACAUAGCAUCCUGUUUAAGUUUUUUACUUCUCUAACAGAUGCAUAUUCGAAAGUGUUAAUGCCUCCGAAGGGUUUGACUGAUAAACUGCAGAGCAGUGUUGACAGCAUGACGACCAUCCUUGAACGUUGCCUUCACAGGUUGGAGUGGGAGCGUUCUCAAGAGCAGGCAAGGCAAAAUAUCAUGGAUAAGGUGCGGCAAGAAAGGAAACAGAGGGCCAGGAUUAUUGAUUGGCAUGAUUUCGUUGUUGUCGAGAUGAUAGACUUUGCCAAUAACGAGGAUGAUGAUUUACCAGCUCCAAUGACACUUGAGGAAGUCAUAAGGAGAAGCAAGAUGUCAACUUUGGAGGAGGAAGAAUUAAUUGUUGAGCCUGGAAAGGAAGUAGAAAUGGAGAUUGAUGAAGAAGAGGUUCAGCUUUUCGAACAAGGCAUGAAGGUUGCUAGUCUUAAAGAAAAUGGCGGCGGUAAGCAAAGUGAAGCCACAAUAACCCCAAUGGAAGAGGAUCAACCAAUGAGAAUUGUGAAGAACUGGAAGAGGCCUGAGGAGAGAAAUCGAGAUCCAACUAAAUACGUUGUUUCCCCAAUCACUGGUGAGCUAAUUCUGAUAAAUGAGAUGUCUGAACACAUGAGAAUCUCUCUCAUUGAUCCCAAGUACAAGGAGCAGAAAGAGAGAAUGUUUGCUAAGAUUCGGGAUACCACCCUUGCCCAGGAUGAUGACAUAUCCAAAAACAUUAUGGGACUUGCACGGACCCGUCCUGAUAUAUUUGGUACGACCGAGGAGGAGGUUUCUAACGCAGUCAAGGCAGAGACUGAAAAGAAAAAAUAUGAGCAGGUCAUAUGGGAUGGUCAUACAGGGAGUAUUGGACGUACUGCAACCCCCCAGGCCAUGUCUCAAAAUCCUAAUGGAGAGGAAAUAAAUGAUGUGGCCAGCAAUCUUCCUGGUCCUGCUGCUCCUCCAAGACCUGGUAUGCCAUCCAUACGGCCGCUUCCUCCGCCUGCAAACCUUGCUGCUGUUAAUAUUCCUCGACCCCUGAUUCUGGGGGCUGGGGUCCUUGCUCCAGCCCCACCACGGCCUCCACUUCAAGUUUGCGCUCCACCUCCCCCAUUGCAAAUCAACUACGGACAGCAGCCUUUCAUGGUUAAUCGACCUCUUCCUUUGCCUCCGUCAAUUUCUGUGAAUCCACCCAGUAUUCCCAUGCCACCCCCACCAGGAUCACAGUAUACACCUCUAACAGCUCCUCGACCUUAUGCACCCAAUGUCAUGCCCCAGCAUGGGAUGCAUCUUGGAAUUCACCCACCUAUGCCUCUUGGAAUUCCCCCACCGCCUCCACUUCUGGAGGAGCCUGAGCCAAAGAGGAAAAGACUCGGUGAUGAUUCUAUGCUCAUUCCUGAAGAUCAGUUCCUGGCUCAACACCAGGGACCGGCAAGUAUUAAUGUGUCUGUGCCAAAUGUUGAUGAUGUAAACCUGAAAGGGCAGGUACUGGAGAUUAGAGUACAAUCUUUAUCCGAGACGGUUAGCAGUUUGAAAGAAAAAAUUGCGGGAGGGAUUCAGCUUCCUUCAAACAAACAGAAACUGAGUGGAAAGGCUGGCUUUCUCAAGGAUAAUCUUUCCCUUGCUUAUUACAAUGUCUCAGGAGGAGAAACACUUUCCCUUUCGUUGAGAGAGCGUGGUGGUAGAAAAAGAUAAGAUUUUUUGUUAGCGGAUCUUUUGAAUUUUGACUAUGAAAAUUACAUAAGCAUUAGUCGUGAGAGGUUGGGAAUUGUUAAAUCAGAUUUGCAUUUGCUCAUUAAUGUCUGCAACAUAUUGGAUAUUAACAUUUUGUUAAGUAUAACUCCUUUGGAAUUUCAUGGUUAU